AUCGUGUAUAUUCAGUACAUUCAGGUAUUUUGAGAGUUAUUGGUAUUGGCUAACAAAGACGCGAAAUUGGAAGUUUAUUUAGACAAAAUCGUGGAUAUUAUAUUGACGCUUAAUCAAUUUAUCUGCGUUAAAAAUGGAUAAUCUGUCGAUAGUUUUGUGUUUUGUGAUUGGAUUAAUUUCGCUCGUCCUGAUUUCAUUUAAAAAGCGAUAUGCAUAUUGGAAGGAUCGUGGAGCAGCAUACGUAGAACCCACCAUUCCUUUUGGCAAUUUACCUAUGCGACAAGUGCACUUCAAAGACACAACGGACCCAGUUUACAAGCAGAAGAAACCUGGCGUUCCUUUCAUGGGGGCUUACUUCUUCAGAACUCCAGUUGUUAUUGCAACAGAUCUUGAUUUUAUCCAAAAUGUUCUUGUCAAAGACUUCAGUAAUUUUCAUGAACGCGGAAUGUAUGUGAAUGAGGAAGAUGACGGCCUUUCUGGACACAUGUUUUCUUUAGACGGUGAGAAAUGGAAAUCUUUACGCACAAAACUGUCACCUACGUUCACAUCCGGAAAGAUGAAAUUCAUGUUCCCAACUGUAGUCAAUGUUGCCGAUAGAUUCAAUUCCACAUUAUCGGAGAUAUUAGAGACGGAAUCAGAAUUGGAGGUGCGAGACUUGUUGGCCAGAUUCACUACUGACGUUAUAGGUUCAUGUGCAUUUGGGAUAGAGUGCAAUAGCUUGAAAAAUCCAAAUUCCGAAUUCCGUAAUUACGGUUCCAAAAUAUUUGAUGAACCGCUUCAUGGAGCGCUGGGUCAAUUGCUCAUGAUUCAAUAUCCGAACCUCGCGAAGAAGCUUCAUGUUAGGGUUUUUCAGAAAGAAGUUGAAGAUUUUUUCAUGGGAUUGGUACGGGAAACUAUCGAUUACCGGGAGAAAAAUAGCGUCAGACGAAACGACUUCAUGGACCUUCUGAUUCAAUUGAAAAAUGGCGUAGCUUUGGACGAGCAUUCUCAGAAAUUAGGACGAGUAACCUUUGGAGAGAUUGUGGCGCAAGCGUUUUUGUUUUUCAUCGCUGGGUUUGAAACAUCAUCAACUACCAUGUUAUUCAGCUUAUAUGAGCUCGCGUUGAAUCCAGAUAUUCAGGAGAAAGCACGCCAAGAAAUCGAAACUGUUCUUACAAAAUACGAAGGGAAACUUACUUAUGAGGCAGUGAAAGACAUGGUGUAUGUGGACCAAAUUAUUAGUGAAUCCCUUCGGAAAUAUCCGCCGGUUGUUAAUCUAAUACGCCAACCAUUUAAGGAUUAUCGCGUUCCUGGAACGAAAAUAAUUCUUGAAAAAGGCACAUCCGUUUUUAUUCCAGUUUUUAGUAUUCAUCGUGAUCCGGAAAUUUUCCCUAAUCCAGAUGUUUUUGAUCCGGAUCGAUUUACACCAGAACAGAUGAAAUCUCGGCACCCCAUGUCAUUUUUGGGAUUCGGUGAAGGCCCACGUAACUGUAUAGGAUUGCGAUUUGGACGAAUGCAAUCGAGAAUCGGAUUAAUUACACUUUUGAAAAACUAUCGAUUAAAACCAUGUGCAAAAACCCCGAUUCCAAUGGUUUUCGCAGUAAGGAGACCAGUUUUAUCACCAAAGUUUGGGAUACAUUUGAAAAUAGAGAAAUUGUAAUUGCAAAAAAUACAGAAUAGAUUCUAGAGUA